AUGUAUAAACAGAAUGCUUAUUUUGAGGAGCAUUUUGGCUUAGUUCAACUCAGACGAAUUAAACUUGGACACAGAGUUGUGAAAAGACGUUCAAGGACUGUGUACAAAGAGGUUAUUAAAGAUAAUGAAAUCAUGUACAUACCACUGCUUAAAUCCUUGGAAAAAAUGCUCAAUGUAAAAGGAGUACUUGAACAGCUAAACCAUGGUCAUCUUCGGCAACAUAAACAUGAUGAUGUGAUUGAGGAUGUUUGCGAUGGCCAGUAUUUCAAAACCCAUCCUCUGUUUUCCAAGGACUCAACUGCUUUACAAAUCAUGCUUUACUAUGAUGAGUUGGAAAUUGCAAAUGCCCUUGGUAGUAAAACUGGAAAGCAUAAGUUAGGAGUUGUUUACUACACAACUGGAAAUAUUGAUCCUCGAUAUCGAUCCCAGUGUGAUAACAUUCACCUACUCAUUAUGGCUACAGUUCCAAUUAUCAAGAAAUAUGGCAUUGACAUUCUUUUGGAGCCUUUCAUGACUGACCUUGAAUACCUUGAACAAAGUAAGUAG